AUGCCUCACGCAGAAAGCGACAUGUCUAGCCCUGUCACUAACGGUGACAAGCCUCACUCACAGUUCUUCUCGCACCUGAAGUCAUACCCCGUCGUCAAUGAUGGCGUUGAGACAUUCAUGAACAAUCCCUACGGUGCAAAGUCUCUCGACAUUGCCGACGCCGCUUACACCAAGCUUGGAAAGCCCGUCAUGCCCUACCUGAGGACUCCUUACUCAUAUGCUGCACCGUACGUGGCCAAGGCCGAUAGCCUAGCCGAUAAGGGAUUGGAGCAGGUCGACACGCGCUUCCCCAUUGUCAGAGAAGACACCACGACCAUCAAGGACACCGUCAUCAACUAUGCCUUCCUCCCUCUCAGAGCCGCUGGAGAAGGUCGCACGUACCUCAUGAAUACUUGGGAGGACCAGUACAACAAGACAGCAGCCCGUAACAACCGCGGUGACGGAUUGAGCACUAGCUUCCUGGCCCUCAUCUCGACCCAGCUCAGAAUUGCCGCUGAUAGUGUCAACCUCCUUGCUGACUGGUUCGGUCCCAAGACUGAGGAGGCAAAGCAAAGAGGCGACUCGCUGUUCAGCAGCUUGUACAACAAGGCCGCAUCGUACGGAGAGCAAGCCAAGAGCAAGGCCAACAAGGCCGAAGACAAGGCCGAGACAUACGCCGAAAAGGCCCAGGAAAAGUCAGGAUAUUGA